CUUCCGCGGGCUCUUAUAGCGGCGGCCGGGACCCUGGAGAGGUCGAGUGACCGAGCGAGCUAGCGAACGAAGGCCUGGGUCGGCCGCUCGAAGACCUCGGGACACCGACGCCGCGACAUGGGGGCCCCGCUGCUGUGGCUGCUGGCGGCCGUGCUGCUCUGCGCUCGGGCCGCCUCCGGAAACGGAAGCACUGUUUUGACGGCAAUAGAAGUGUCUGGCCAUAGCACACGCCUGACCUGUAGAUUGAGUCAAGCUUCAACUCAAAUUCAGGGUCAUCGUUGGCUGAAGGGUGGCAAGGUGUUGAAAGAGGAUACAUCAGAUAGUACGGUCACAGAAUAUGAGGUUUUGUCAGAUGAUAAAUCUGGGGAGUAUCAGUGCGUUUUUCUUCCAGAACUUGCAGGAAAGGCUGAUGUCCAAGUAAAAGGUCCCCCAAAGAUUUUGAUUAACAAGAAGUCAGAACAUGGGAAUGAGGGAGACACUAUAAUGCUUACGUGUAAGAGUCACUCAUAUCCCUCUAUCCAACAGUGGAAUUGGUACAAACAAUAUGAGCCUGGAAAUACUAUAAGCCUUGUGAAUGGUACUGAUGAGAGGUACUACAUAACAUCGACCCCUGAAAAAACCGAGCUGCAGAUUCAAACCGCAGAUUUGGAGAAGGAUCCUGGAACAUACAUCUGCAAUGCCACCAACUCUGAGGGCUCCGAUUCUGCUGCCAUCACCCUGAAGGUCCGCAGCCGUCUGGCUGCUCUCUGGCCCUUCCUGGGCAUUGUGGCAGAGGUGCUGGUCCUGGUCACCAUCAUCUUCAUCUAUGAGAAGAGGAGGAAGCCGGAUGAUUUAUCAGAAGAUGAGGAUGGCGGCUCUGCACCACUGAAAAGUGCUGUGUCUUCAAAUGACAAAGAUAGACAGAACGUUCGUCAGAGAAAUGGCAACUGAGCAAAGGUGACUUCUGAUGAACACUUCGCCUGGAUGGAUGUGUUUGUGUGUGUGUGUGUUUGUGUGUGUGUGUUUCUUUGCAAUGUAGCAUGGAGUAUAUUCCUAAUGUACCUUGCAAAAUCCAAGCUGUCUUCACCAAAUUAUAGCAAACUAUGUUUUAAAUUCAAGUACUUUUUAAAAUUGUUGGAGGGUGGUGUUUUUUUAUGUUUUUGGUUUUUUGCUUUUUAUUUUUUUUUUCCCCCUUACAUGUAAAUUUUUGUCCUUUGGCCACCAGUCAGUCUGAUCUCUGGCAUCAGUCCCUGGGGAUGUGGGGUAAUAGAUAUCACGGUCUGCGUGCCUGUCCUCUUCUGGAUUUCUCUACCCUUGUUCUGGGCAAUGAGUCACAGAAUUGGGGAGAGUGUUCUUUUGGCAGGAAGGGUCCUUUCUUUUUUUAGAGGCCCAGCUGCCAAUAAAGGAGAAGAUGCCAUAGCGGCUAGCCACGUUUUCUAAAGGGGUAGAGUGUGUGAUAUUGUGUCUUAGAGGAGGACCAUCCAGUCGGGCAGAACAUAAUCUGCUUCUGCCCAACUAAUCAAAAGAGGUGGCUUUAAAAAAUGGAUCCUGCUAAAAACCUGCCUGUCUGAAGCAAUUGCUGUCUUGUCUUUUUAAAGAAAAACCAAUUACUUGCCUUUUUUGGGAGAUGUUCAAAUGACCUUUUCUGUGUGAUAUGAUCUGACCUCAGUGGUUAAGAAUAAGUGAUGGGCAAGCAGCUACAAAGGCCCCUCUCGUAUUCCCUGAAUGUCCUUGCUGGCCGCUUGCCCACGCCCUGAACAGUCCCUUGCUCCUUUGGUUCGCAGUGUAACAUUUGAUAUCCCUGCAGGGAAACCCACACCACCUGCUUCACAGAGAUUUGAGUGUUAUGUUAAUCUCCACGUUCCAAGCUUGCCAUUCAUGGCCUUCUCUUCCAAAAUGCUACCUUCCAGCUAGACCAUGUGAAAAGCGGAAUCUGAAAUCUAAGGGCAAGGGUGAUUGUGGUAAUAACUUAUUGUGCAGACUUACUUAGUAUCGUUAUAAUAUCAUUGGCACAGUGGAGCCAGCCACACGGGACUAUUGUGUUUUGAUAGACUAGACAUGCGUAUGACUUCGUUAUGUUUAUGUGCACAUGACAGGAAACAGUAAAACCUAUUCCACUUGAAAUGUUGGCUCCUUAUCCCCAUCUGCCCUAGGAACCUGUGAGUGCAUAAUACAUGUGUAGUCUCUGCUGAUUGCCAGUGUUCCCCUAGUAUUUUGAGGCACCCCUGCCUGUUAACAUUUCAUCAAUAAAGACAUCUUUUUCCAUUUUCCA